GAUAACUACCAACCAGGUACCUACUUAUCUUGUCAAUCCUUCCCAUUCACACCCACUUCUCCUAUCCCCUCCUCUUACUAUAUCGUACAGGUUCGUCGAAGGCGCUGUUUGCAAACUUCAUUCUUAUCUGCAUCCCCAUUCGCGAGUUUUGAUCAAUUCCAUCGAGAAGCCAUCCCAUCUUACACCGCAUUCUCAUACUCACAACCGCCACCAUGGUCGGCCAAAAGCAACCCGUCUACGUCCUCGGUGUGGGCAUGACCAAGUUCAUCAAGCCCCGCGGCAAGGUUGACUACCCCGAGCUUGGUUUCGAGGCUGGUGUCAAGGCCAUGCUCGAUGCGCAUAUCAACUACGACGAGGUCGACCAAGGCGUCGCAUGCUACUGCUAUGGCGACUCUACCUGCGGCCAGCGCGUCUUCUACCAAUUCGGUAUGACUGGCAUUCCCGUCUACAAUGUCAACAACAACUGCUCUACGGGUUCCACAGGUCUCUACAUGGGAAGGAACAUGAUUGCGCAUGGUGCUGCAGACUGCGUGCUUGUUGUCGGCUUCGAAAAGAUGUUCCCCGGUAGCUUGCAGACAUUCUUCCAGGAUAGGGCAAACCCUACCGGAACCAGCAGCUUGAUCAUGAAGGAAACUAGGGGUAUCACCAAGGCCCCAGGUGCAGCACAGAUGUUCGGUAAUGCAGGACGAGAGCACAUGGAGAAGUACGGUUCCAAGCUCGAGGACUUUGCUGAGAUUGCCCGCGUCAAUCAUGCCCAUUCCAAGAACAACCCAUACUCCCAGUUCCAAGAUGAGUACACUCUCGAGCAGAUCGUGAAGGCGCCCAUGAUCCAUGAGCCCCUCACCAAGCUUCAGUGCUGCCCUACCUCCGACGGAUCCGCUGCUGCCGUCCUCGUCUCACAGGCUUUCCUCGACAAGCGACCAGAGCUCAAGUCGCAAGCUAUCCUCAUCGCCGGACAGUGUCUCGCUACAGACACUCCCAAUCUUUUCAACCGCAGCGCAAUUGAGUUGAUCGGAUACUCCAUGAGCGAGCUUGCAGCCAAGACCGCUUUGAAGGAGGCCAACACCUCUCCUGAUGAUGUCAAGGUUUGCGAGUUGCACGACUGCUUCUCUGCAAACGAGAUGGUCACAAUCGAGGCCCUUGGGUUGGCACCCCGCGGUAAGGCUCACGAGCUCGUCCGAAAGGGUGGCAUUACAUAUGGCGGCAAAGUUGUCAUCAACCCCUCUGGAGGUCUCAUCUCCAAGGGACACCCGCUCGGUGCCACUGGCCUUGCUCAGUGCGCAGAGCUCGUCUGGCACAUGCGUGGAUGGGCCAACAACCGUUCCGUCAAGGACACCACCGUCGCUCUUCAGCACAACCUUGGUCUCGGUGGUGCAGUGGUGUGCACCGUCUACAAGAGGGCCGAUGGUAAGGCGGCGACAGACCUGUCGGACGCAGAGGUCGGCAAGGCGAACGGUCUCGGAUACAACCCUGCCACACAAGCAAAGGGCUUCACCAAGGAGCAGGUCGACUCCGUCAGGUCGCGUACUGCAAGGAGUGAGUGGGCUAUCCAAGACACUGAGCAGAAAGUCGAAGCGAGAUUUUGAGCGCAAUGCUUGGGCGACCUGAAAAUGGAAAUGCGGGUAGGAUUUGCAUCAUUGGAGUCUUGUAAGAACGAACCAAUCUUUUGUAUAUAGUAUUAGUGAUGUGAAGCCAGCGAACGUCGAUUUAUG